CUCGGACUGCUGGACUCCGACUAAAUGUCCGCGAGGAGUCCGGGGGCUAAUAUAAGUCAGAUCAAACUCGAAGAGCGACUGACAUUUUAUUAGAUAUCUUCUCUACCACGCUCACGCUCACUGACAGUAUUCGCCAUGUCCAACCUCAGAGUCCUUGUGGUGGGCGCGUCCAUCGCCGGACCGUCCACGGCCUACUGGCUCGCCAAAGCAGGCGCCAAAGUCACGGUUAUCGAGCGUUUCCCCGAAUUAAGAAAGGGGGGGCAGGCCAUUGACAUCCGGACCGUCGGCGUCACGACGAUGAGGAAGAUGGGCGAUAUGGAAGCCCAGGUACAAGCCAACAAGGCGCCCAUCGAGGGCCUUGCAUUCGUCCGAGAAAACGGGCGCCCAUAUGGUGUGAUCGGUUCCACGGGCGACUCCGACCAGCAGUCGCUUCUUUCAGAAUAUGAGAUCUUCCGAGGCGACUUGUCUCGGAUACUCUACGACAAGACCAACGACAACCCCAACAUCAGCUACGUCUUUGGCGAGCAGAUUGCCUCACUGCAGCACGAUGAGAAGAACAAUGGCCCCAUCAAGGUCGGAUUCGCAAACAGGCUUCCGCCCGCAGAGUACGAUCUCGUUGUUGCGUGCGAUGGCGCAACGUCCCGGACCAGAGCCUUGGGACUUGGGAUAGGUCUGCGAGACCACACACGACGCCUUAACAUCUGGGCCGCCUACUUCUCCACCAAGCAUGAUUAUGUCGACGGAUCAAAGAUUGGACACGCAUACAAUGCUGCUCCUGGGAAGGUUGUUGCGGUGCAGACAGCCCCCGAACAUGAAGGCGGCAAUCGGGUUGUCGUGAUGCGCAUGUUUCCUCGGGACGGCAAGGAUCAUACCUUGCCCUUUCGGGACGCGCAGCAAGCAGGAGAUGAAGUAUUGAAGAAACAUGUCAGGGAGGAACUUGACGGUAUGGGCUGGAUUGUGCCUCAGUUGAUGCGCGAGGACAUGGACGCCGCAGACGACUUUUACGCCAGCGAGUGGAUUCAGGUGAACCCUCCCACGCUUUCCAAAGGCCGGUUCACCAUGGUCGGCGACGCAGGCUAUGGAGGCGCACCAGGCGCGGGCACAUCUCUUGCCCUGGCCGGAGGAUAUGUGCUGGCUGGCGAGCUCUCACAAAGCAGAGGCGACGUCGCUGCUGGUCUCAAGGCGUACGAAGACAGGAUCAGACCGAUUUUCGAGGAUAUGCACAAGUUACCGCCUGGUGGCGUUUCAUUCAUGGCACCUCAAACGAAGUGGGGGCUGGCUUUGAGGAACUUCUUCUUUGCUUUCCUGGCUCGGAGUGGGUUGAUUACUUUUAUGCAAAAGGUUUGGGGGCGGUUCGAGGGAGCCUUUGCGAGCAGUGACAAGUACCCGCUGCCAGACUACAAGUUUGAUGGCCGGCUGUGAGGUUGGCUGGAAGGGGUUAUUCCCCUGAUCUUCAUGUGGCCUUGCUGCUCCAUGGAAAUUAGUGUUUUGAAUAGUUGUAUUUGUUCAAAAAGAGCCUCUCAUCUUCAGACAUACGUUGCCCUUUACUUUGGCAGAAAAGCUCGUUUUAAAGCCGGUAUCACAGCACGAAACUUGAGAUCCGUAAUUAACAACAUUGAAGUCACAGUUAUAUCAAGGGACCUUGACAUCUUACACGCCAGUGCAGUGAGCGCAACACACAGUGGGACGGCACGCGAGCUCGGGACACUCGAAGUUCAAGUGGGCGACACCCAUCAUCAACUCCAUGGCGAUUUCCCCUCGUAUCGAAACGCGGCCCCAGAGCACGAGAGUCGUAGUCUCAUCACGAUGCAUGCACCUUGAUGACACAGGCUUCUGCGUAGAAAAAGGUGCCAGAGCCCAUCCUGUCCCCUUACUUUGCAUUGC